CUCAGACUUAUCUGCUAGACACUGAAGAAAAAAAACAACUUAAAACCGACCUCUGAAGAAUUUGGACAAGAAGCGAUUGAAGUGACACACACUGGCUGGCUGAGGCCUGGUGAGAUCCGGAAGACUUGGAUCUCUCUGAAGCCUGAGCGUUCAGACUGUAGCUCCAGUCUAACUGUGUCAGUCUCCAGGGCUCGCUCAGUAGUCCAUUGAAGGUCAGUUGCUGGCUGGCAGUAUGCAAGGGUUCGGACUAAAGACCCUCGGUCCUAUACUGUUGCUUCUUGCAAUGGUGACCACCUGUCACUCUCAGUCUUCAGACUGUUCUCAAGCUGAGUCAUGUGACCUAUGUGUUGGGGACUCCACCCUGAACUUAACAGGCUGCGUCUGGAGGAACUGCGAUAGCGAUAAUGACACAGGGUGUGUGUCUGACGAUGUUGACUUUUCAAACUGUAAUGUGACUAACGAUGCAGCCAUGUGCACAGUCGUGGAGAACGCAGCCGAAGGGAAAGAUGACUCCGGUUCAGACGACCAGAGUCCUGCCGGCUCAGAGUUCUCCCAGGCUAAGUUUGACAUGUCCAGCUUCGUGGGAGGGAUCAUCCUGGUGCUGUGUCUCCAGGCCGGAGGCUUCUUCGCCAUGCGCUUCCUCAAAUCCAAAGACAACAGCACUUACGAUCCCAUAGAGCAGCCGCAGCCAUAAGGAGGAAGAGGCGAUGAGAAGGGGAUGUGGAGGUGAAUGGAGGAUGAGAGCGGAACAGAGGAGAGAGUAGAAUCAUCGUGCUGUCACGAUUAGAUUAGAGGCUUUAGUUCUGCCGGCUGUCACGACUGUGUGUGUAUAGUAUGUGCUUCAGUGUGUCCUUACAGUGAGAUUCCACAUGCAGACAGACUUUCGACAAAUAAUCAGACACUGACGUCCUAACAGACAAGCAUGCGUUUCACUGACAAACUGACAUUCUACAGAUAUUCUCUUGACCUUGGUUUGAGGUUUGUGUGUGUGUUUUCUGUAUCAUGACAUCUAAUAUGUUUAAUUUCUGCCAUGAUUAACUUAUACUUCCGUACGUUGUGGAAUAUUUUCGUUCAGAUUUCAUAUCAAUGUUCACAAUGUUAUCAAUUGUAUUGUGAUUCAUAUUAAUUUAACCUGAUUUAAGUUAAUAACUAGGUUUCUUAGAUUAGAUUACUGUAGCUCAGUUUAGCUGGUUUGGUAGUUGAAACGCUGCGUUGAGUCAGGAAGUCUCUGGCGUGUCCUCUAUUGCUGUGAUGGCAUCCAAAUAAAGAUAUUGCUGAAAG